AGCGCGUUGAUGGCUGUCGCUGGGCAGCAUGGAGUUGUCAUAAUGAAACGGCAUCUAUCUCCUUGCAGCCUCCCCCUUCCAUGCCUCGAAAAUCCCAAGUCGACCUCAUUUCAAUCUCUGGGAUCGUAUCCGCCCAAGCACAGCAGGAGCUCGUCACCGAGGGGCUCGAUAACUUUGAGCUGCCAAAGAGCCUGGUAACGAGUAUCGCAAGAUCAGCGCUCCCUGACAACUGCGAAGCUGCCCAAGGACACGAUCCUUGCCCUCGUCAAGGGCUCGACGGUGUUCAUCAACCACCUAGCUGGAACGCAAGUAUCCCCCGCAAUCAAACUACGAACCCGGAUCCCCACACUGACUGCGCUGCAGGGCCUACGAUGUCGCGAUGUCAAAGCAGCACAAGAGCAUCUCUGCCGCCGAUGUCAUGCGGGCGCUAGAGGUCCUCGAGCUGGGUGAUAUGGUAGAGACGAUACAGGAGGAUCUUCAGG